UAAAAGUUUAUUCGAUCCUCCAUCCUGCCGUACCUACUUACUUAUAGUUAAAAUUCGGACCACUAGGUGGCUUUAGUCGGCAGCGUAGUUAUUACACAAGGGAAUAAGUGUCGUGCGAAAUUAGCUGUCAGUGUAAAAAUUUUCAGAAACGCUAACGUAUUAUAUUUUGGAUUCGUUGUUUGUAUUUUUGAGAUAGUAUGAGGUGGCAGGAGUGUGUUGGAGUCCGAAUGUGGGCACAGGUGCAGCUUCGGCACACGGGCUGCUGUGGACAGGCUGCGAGACGGCGGGGCUGAUGGCCGGCCUGGACCGGAGCCUGACUGCCGUGGAUUGGCUGCCGCGGUUGAGCGCGGCUGCCGCUGCGGGCACUGGCCCCACCACUCCGCCUCCCGUGGGGGGCGGCGGCACAGAGGCCGAUGGGGCUGCCGAAGAUGGGGUGGAGGGGACGGUGUGCACACCUCCCGGCAUCGCGAGAGCUAAGGAUGGCAAGCCACCUCUCAGCUAUGCGAAGUUGAUUCACCUUGCAAUCAGCAAUGCUCCCAAAGGGAAAAUGACUCUUUCUGAGAUUUAUCAGUUCAUCAUACAGCAGUUUCCAUACUAUCGAGAUGCAGGUACAGGGUGGAAGAAUUCAAUACGUCACAACCUGUCGCUGAACAAAUGUUUCACAAAAGUAGCUCGCUCAAAGGACGAUCCAGGGAAAGGUAGCUACUGGCGUAUUGAUUAUUCUUCUAGCCGAGAGGAAUCUUUCACCAAGAAGAAGAAAAGCACUCAGGCAGUUAAGGCAGCAGUGCCGUAUAGCCCAGAGUGUGGCAGCAAUGGGAGCGGGGGCAGUGACCUGAGCAACUGCGUGUACACAGCUGGCCCUGUCGGCCCAACCGUGUCGUCCACGCCAUCCCUACCCGGUUGGCAGGUAGCAGAUGCCACUGCCAUUCACGGCUACUCUGCAGACCUCUCUGGCAGCAGCAACUCGGCAUUUGCAGAGGGUGAGAGUGCCCUGGAGCUGGCAGAUGCAGCGGAGUUGUCGGCCGUGCUGACAGGGCUGCUCUCGGAGUACCAGUACCUGGACGAGUCCUGCUCUUAUCCUGCAGCACCAUCGGCACCACCCUCUGCCUCCAAUGACUUGUAUGUGCGUUACGGUGCGACUCCCACUACGCUUGAGGCCAGUGGCUGCUAUACUGGCACCCAGGUAACUGCAGGCCUCGACUAUGAUUACGUGCAACAGCAACAGCAACAACAACAGCAGCAGCACCAGCAGCAGCACCAGCAGCAGGACCACCAACACCAUCAACAGCAGCAACAAGAGAAUCAACAACAGCAUCUGGAUCAUCAGCAGGGUGCAGAGGCAGAUCAGCUCAUGUUCAGGUGCCAGUAUUCACAGCAGCAGGACUCGGACUCAGAUGUGGCGGACACUUUUGAUUGGGACCGUUUGCUGUAGUGGGGGCUAACACUUAUCAGCUCGCGGGGAGGAGGAGACUGGUAUCUUUGGUGGGGCUCUGUGGAGCCUCUCCGUAACUGUAUAGUCAGUCGAGACUGUGGCCUCAGUGUGCGAGCAAAAAUAAUUAUGUAAAACCCCUCAUAAUUUGUGCCAUUUUUCUCCUCUUUUAUAUUGUUCUGUGGCACUCUGACCACAGUUCAUUUCCUCUUAUGUGCCUCUGUGAUUGUUAGAACUGUUACGAGAGAAAAAUAAUUAUAUGCCUGAUUAUUAUCAUCAGUACAAUAUUUGGCACGUUUCAGCUUUAUGC